AUGCCAUCAAACGAAGGCCUCAUCUCCCUUGCGCGUCGCUUCCGCGUUCUCAUCGCAGGCGCCUCGUACGGAGGCCUCAGCGCAGCCCUCACCCUCCUCGACCUCUCCCGCGGCCAACUCGCCCGCUUCAACUACGAUCCGGAGACCAAACCGCCACAGCACCAUAUCCCAGUGGAUAUUACCCUGGUAGACGAGAAGGAUGGAUUCUACCACCUGAUCGGAUCCCCUAGAGCGCUGGUGGACGAGCAAUUCGCCUCGGAUACCUGGGCCCGCUUCGUCGAUAUUAAGGCCCUACAGUCGCCGCAUGUGCGCUUUAUCCGGGGCAGUGUAAGUGCUAUCGACUGCCAGCGUAAGACGGCCACAAUCCUAGACUCGGCGAGCAGGACGACUCGGGAGGAAGGGUAUGACUUUUUCAUUGCGGGGACGGGGCUGCGGAGGGUGUUUCCUGCUGUUCCGCAGAGUCGAACGCGGGAUGCGUUUUUGGCGGAGGUGAGGAAGCAUACUGCGGAUGUGGUGAAUGCACGGCAGGGGGUAGUGGUUGUUGGUGGAGGCGCCGUAGGGACGGAAAUGGCGACGGAAAUCAAGCUGCUCUAUCCCCAGCUGCAUGUUACGCUGAUACACUCCCGUGAGCAUCUUCUCUCUGCCGAGCCUCUGCCAGAUGACUUCAAGGACCGCGUGGCGGCGCUCAUUCGCGAGACUGGUGUUGAGCUCAUCCUGGGGCAGCGCGUCGUCGAUACCACCGCGGUAGAGGAGAAGACGGGACGAAUCUGGUGUCUCACGCUGGCGGACGGCCGUGCCAUCAAGGCGGGCCAUGUCCUCAGCGCGGUGUCCCGGUGCACGCCUACAUCCUCGUAUUUGCCACCUCAGGUCUUAGAUGACGAGGGCCAUGUUAGAGUUCAGCCAUCUCUGCAAUUUCCAUCAACUAUCCCCAAUGCCAGCUACCACUUUGCUAUUGGCGACCUGGCCGCCUGGUCCGGCAUCAAACGCUGCGGGGCCGCGAUGCACAUGGGCCACUACGCGGGAUAUAAUAUCCACCAGUUGAUGCUGGCCGAGUGUGUCGCCUCCAAGCCAGACUUUCAGGAAUUGCAGGAGAUUCCACCCAUGAUCGGGCUGUGUCUGGGUAGGACGGCUGUCUCGUAUCAUCCGGUGGACGGAGUCAAGGAUGGGGAGGAUGUUCUGGCGUCAAUGUUCGGGGACGAUAUGGCGUACAAAGUGUGCUGGAAUUAUAUGCGGCUAUCGGAACCAUGGCAAGCGUAG